AUUUCCCUUUUUAAAUGUAAACGUCCUGGAAAGCUCCCGGUAAAAGCAUUUGAAUGCUUUGUGAAGUUUCUGAUGCACGCAGAGAUCCUCAUCUCUGAGGUUGAAACACAGAACUCCAGUGUUGCCUCAUGUCUGCUGGAAGGUGGUUCAGGGUCAGGAUGGCUGGGGUGUGACCUACGCUUCUACAACUUUCUGUGCUGCGAAACGAUCAACAGUGGAGAUAACGUGCAACUACACAUACCCAAACCCAUGGAAAGGCAAGGUUAACACAGUUCGGGAAAGAUUCUGGUUCAUUAAUGAAAACACGGGCCAGACUGCAGAGGAUGGAGGUCGUGUGCAGAAUCUCUGUGGAAUAAAUACCUGCACUUUGAGAAUCGCAGACCUAAGUGCGAGUGACUCAGCAGGGUACGCGUUCAGGUUCAUAACAGAUGUUUCAGGCGGGAUGUAUUCAGGUGUUCAAGUCCAACUCACUGUCACAGCUGUUCAGAUGAACGUGGUUAGCUUCAAUCUUUCUUCUAAUGAGGCGGAGCUAAGUUGUCAAAGCACCUGCAGUAAUUCUUAUGUCUGGUUGAGGAAUGGACUGAAAGUUCCUGAAGAAGCUCCUUCAUAUACCGGCCAUUUUAGUCCUGGAGAUUACAUAUCCUGUGCUUUGAAAGGACACGAGGAUUACGGCUCUCCUUCACUGUAUGCUCCCAAGGUUCCCUAUGUGUCUGUGAGUCCUUCUGGGGAAAUAAUGGAGGGCGGUUUAGUCAAUUUGACCUGUGUACAUGAUGCUAACAUAGAAGCUAAUUUUACCUGGUACAAGGAGAGUAGAGCCCUUCCCAGUAAAGGACCAAAGCUUGUCUUCAGCUCCAUCAACUCCUCUGACUCUGCAGAGUAUUACUGUACAGCUGAGAACAAGCUGGGGAGGGGGACCUCUAAAUCCAUCUCUAUUAAUGUGAAAUAUCCUCCAAGGCUUCCCUCUGUGUCAGUGAGUCCCUCUGCUGAGAUGGAGGAGGGCAGUUCAGUGACUCUGACCUGUAGCAGUGAUGCUAACCCAGCAGCUAACUACAUCUGGUACAAGGAGAACCAAACACUGCCUCUGGGAGCAGAAGGAAGUUAUCAUUUCCCCUCCAUCAGCUCUGAGGACAGAGGGACCUACUACUGCAAGUCUGAGAAUCAAUAUGGAGAGAUCAAGUCUUCAAAUAUAUUUCUAGAUGUCCAGUAUGCUCCAAAGCUCCCCUCUGUGUCAGUGAGUCCCUCUGCUGAGAUAGAGGAGGGCAGUUCAGUGACUCUGACCUGUAGCAGUGAUGCUAACCCAGCAGCUAACUACACCUGGUACAAGGAGAACCAAACACUGCCUCUGGGAAGGGAAGGAAGUUAUCAUUUCACCUCCAUCAGCUCUGAGGACAGAGGGAACUACUACUGCGAGUCUGAGAAUCAAUAUGGAAGGAUCAGGUCUAGACCUACAUGUAUAGACGUUCAGUAUGCCCCAGAGCUUCCUUCUGUGUCAGUUGUAAUAGAGGAGGGCAGUUCAGUGACUCUGACCUGUAGCAGUGAUGCUAACCCAGCAGCUAACUACACCUGGUACAAGGAGAAUGAAGACUCUCCAAAAGCUUCAGGACAGAUCUUCACCAUCACUGACUUCAGAGCUGAACACAGUGGGAGUUAUUCCUGUGAAGCCCAGAACAAGUUAGGAUGUAGUAACUCCACCUUACAUCUGACUGUUGUUGGAGUGUCUUCAGUUCAUUCAGACUGUCCAGCAGAAUGGAUAACAACAGCUGUAGUGUCCGUCACUGCUCUCCUCAUUAUUGUCAUACUCACUAUUGCCUUGCUAUGGAUUGGAACAAAGAGGGCCACUAAACCAUCAUCUGAGACUAUAAAGACACAGGAAAUAUGUGUGCAGAAACUACCUGCCGAGCAGAAGGACAGCAUUCUCUAUGCCACCGUUCACUUUUCUAAGGAACGAGAAGAUCGUCUUUACUGCAAUACCACAACAGCUCUGUCCGAAAUCCAGAAGAGGAGAGAGGAGACCAGUGUUGAGUAUGCCACUGUUAAAUUUAACAGUAGCAGCACUGCCCCACGGUGACUUCAAACCUGGAUAGGCAAAUACAGGAUGUUUACUUAAUGCAAAUAGCUUGUUUAACAACGCUGUUGGGAACAAUCCUGUCUAUAUUUUGACCCCAACCUGCCCACACCCAUGACUACAAUAUACAAAAUAUAAAAGUCCUCAUGCAACAACAUAUCCAAACCCUCAACUGUGCUAAGGCUCUGAUUCUGCCACGCAGGUCUCCAAGAGGCUCCCGGCUCUUCUCCGCUAAAAUACAUGCCUGGUCUAUUUUUCAAGGAGCCAAAGAGCCCUUGUGCAGGCAGAAUGUGGAACGACUAAUCAUCCCUUCAAUUUUCUAAAUGUCACUGUCUUCCACCAAUGAGAAAUCUGCAAGUGAUUUAUGAUUGGAGAGAUUAAGAGUUCGUUCGCGGCUCCAAUUCCAUACUGGUUUUACUAGAAGCAACCUUUAACAGAUGGAAAAUCAACCCCCAGAUUUCUUUAUGUAACGGACAUGACAUUCUGGUUUUUACUCUAUAUGUAUUUCAUAUUCUACGUAGAGUUCUGCUUGAAUUAGUUUUAUUGUUUUGCGUCUUAUAUAACUAUGUAACAUUGUCGGAGGAGCCACGGAGUUAAGAGUUUCUUUGCCAUUUCUACUCUAUAGCUU